GGUAAUGACGCUAUAUAAGCAGGAUGAGCCGACGACAGAAAUACGAAAGAGUGGAGCAGAUUGUGAAGGAAUUAGGGCUGGAGAGGUGCCGGCAUACAAAAAUAGGCGGCGGAUUCAUCAAAGGCAUAUCAGGAGGAGAAAGGAAGCGGACCAGCAUCGGACACGAAAUCCUGGUGGAUCCUUCACUGCUGUUGCUGGAUGAACCGACUUCAGGGCUCGACUCAACGUCCGCCAAUAGGCUGCUGCAGAUUCUUCAAGGCCUCGCAAAGUCUGGCAGGACUAUUAUCACAACCAUCCAUCAGCCAUCCAGCCGAAUCUUUCACAUGUUCGACAAAGUUCUGCUUCUCUCUGAAGGCCAUCCCGUCUACUAUGGCAAGGCGCGCCACUCCAUUCAAUACUUCUCAUGCUUGAGCUUUGUUCCUGAGAUCGCCAUGAACCCUGCCGAGUUUCUGUUAGAUCUAGCUACCGGCCAACUCAACGACAUCACUGUUCCCGACCACCUCUUUGCAUCACGCGACACUCCUAACUUUGAAAAACUGGUCAUCAAAUAUCUGCAGCACAAAUACAAAGCGGAGGUGGAGCCGAAAGAGAAGGAGGAGAAUCACCAGACGCCAAAGGCGCCUGAGGGGCUCCAGCUAGCCAUCAAGGUUAAGAAAGAGUGGACAUUGUCUUGGUUUGAGCAGUUCGGGAUCGUGUUCAGGCGUACAUUCAAGGAACGGUGGAGGGAUUACUUCGAUCUGAUCCGGCUGAUUCAGGCGUUCGGGGUGGCCAUUCUGUUAGGCCUUCUGUGGUGGAAAUCAAGCGCAGAAACAGAGGCCAAGCUCAGAGAUCAGAUCGGUUUGUUGUUCUACAUAUGCAUAUUUUGGACGUCGUCAUCCAUAUUUGGAGCGGUGUACGUGUUCCCGUUCGAGAAGAUGUUCUUGGUGAAGGAGCGGAAGGCGGAUAUGUACAGGCUGAGCGUGUACUACGCGUGCAGCACCAUAUGCGAUAUGUUGGCGCAUUUGCUUUACCCGACUUUCUUCAUGAGCAUUCUCUACUUCAUGGCUGGAUUCAAGCGAACUGCCGAAUGCUUCUUCCUCACCUUAUCCGCCAUUCUUCUGAUCGUCAUCACUAGCCAAGGAGCAGGAGAGCUGGCCGGGGCAGCGGUGAUGAGCAUCAAACGCGCGGGCAUGAUAGCCUCGAUGAUACUGAUGCUCUUCCUUCUGACGGGCGGAUACUACGUUCAGCACAUACCCAAGUUUAUGCAAUGGCUCAAGUACUUGUCCUUCAUGUACUACGGCUUCAGGCUGUUGAUGAAGGUGCACUACACCGGAGAUGAGCUCUACGACUGCACGACCAACACGGGCUGUCGGAGGCUGCAGACCUCCCCCACCUUCGAUACCGUGGAUUUAAGCGGAGGGAUGACCGAAGUUUUGGUUUUGCUGGCAAUGGCGGCGGCUUUCCGCUUGUCAGCUUAUAUAUGUCUCCGAAGAAAGAUUAGUGCAUACCAUAUGUAAACCAAUGGAUUUCUCUUCUAAUUAAUCAACUCUUGUCACUACCAUUCCAUAUCAA